AUGAUGCGCGUGCUGGCGGCCGCGGCCGUGUUGCUUGCAGUGGUGGGGACGGGCGCUGAGGCGUGGCAGGGUGCGUGGCUCGCGGACGGGGGCUCGGGGGCGAUCGACGCUCGCGGAAUGGAGCGGAUCUCGUUCGAGGGCCUCGGCGGGGUGCUGUCGGUGCUGCUCGGCCGGGCAUCGGGCCUCGACGCGCUCUCUGUGGAAGCACACGAGGUGGCGAAGGCCGUGACGUUGGAUGCGGCAGUGGGUGGGGCGGUGCCUCGGGCGGUGUUCGGGCUGCAGGUGCUGGGGGCUGGCCCCGGCGUCUUCGACGGGAUCGACGUGGAGGGGCGCGCGCUCGAGAUGGACCGUCUCGACGCCACGCGGGCUGCGCUGGGCCUCAGCAGAGCCUCCCAAGGUGCCGCGCGCAUCUCGGUCGACAUGGGCCUGCUCAAGCGCUGCACGGGCAGCUGCCUGACCGACCUCGUUGCCGAGACCGCCGCCCGCGUCCCCGGCCUCGCCUACGCGGCGGACAGCGCCACUCUCGGCCUCCCGAACGACGCGCAGCUGGACACGGAUCGCCCUGCGACGCAGCUGCUGCUCGCAGAGAUCGCUGCGCUCGUCGCGGGCGCCGACCGCGCUGCUGCGCGCCGGCCGGAGCGCCCCGCGGUGCUCCGCGGCACCCUGGUCUCCCUCCAGGCGAUCCGCGCGGACCCAGAAGUCACCGCCGAGCAGGCAGCGGGCGCGCAGGCGGCCCUCUCCGCCGCGAUCGGCGCCGCCCUGCGCGCCGCGGACCCCGCCGCAGCCGUGCUCGUCGCGACCGACGCCGCACCCGACGUCGGCGCCGACACCGGCGCGCUGCUGCGGUGGCGGCGCGCGGCGCAGGGCGACGCGGACGACGAUGACGACGGGGGCGGCGGGAAGGGCAAGAAGGAGGAGGGCUUGACGGCGGACGAGUGGGUCAAGCGCGCGAUCGCCUACGGGGCCUUCGUGCUGGUGUUGUACGGGCUGUACGCGUCGGUGUACCACAUGGUGUACAUGCCGAUCACGCGGGACACGCUGCUGUACUCGCGCACCAAGGCCACGUGA